AUGACUGCUACUCAAGAAUUCGACCCCACCAUUGACACCGAAACUGUUGCUCACACGUUUACGGUCGAAAAUGAAAAUUUGCAACACUCCGUAUCGGUUGUUCACGAGCGUGGCCGCGGCUAUGCGUGGAGAAUCUGGCCAAGCGCUCAC